UUGGCCGCUUGGGGCUCCCGAGCGCUGCGCGGAAGUCCCCGAGCAGCCCCUCCCGAGCCCGGGGCCUGGCCCUGCGCGCCGCCCCCGCGCGCCGCGCUGCGGAAGGGCCCGCGCCGCGCUGCGGAGGAGAUGUCCCUUGCGAGCCCCGCCGCUUCCGGGAAGCAGCCCCAGCCGAGGCGCGUUGGAGCAGCCGCGAGGCCGGCCAAUGCGCCGCCGCACAGCACCACCAGCCGGGACUUGGCCGCGAAGAGCCUCUUCAAGAAGACCACGCUGUGCCGCUUCUACAGCCUGCGGGGCGGGUGCGAGCGCGGGUCCGCGUGCCCCUUCGCCCACGGCAAGGAAGAGAUGCGGAGCAAGCCGGACCUCACGAAGACGUCCCUGUGCAAGCUGUGGGCCAAGGGCCGCUGCCCUUUCGAGAGCUGGCAGUGCCCCUGGGCCCACGGCGCCCACGAGCUGCAGCGCGUCCGCUCGGAGGCGUGCGAGCUCGACCCUGGCGACGCGGCUCUCGCGGGGGGCCCGUGCGAGGCGGGCAACAAGGACCGCUGUGGCGCGAGGCCCGGCGACCUCGCCGACGACCGGGCUAGCAGCAGCGGCCUCUCCCGGGGCGACACGGUGGACGUCCUCAUGGACGCGCUCGCGGGCCCGGCCGGCGAGGAGCAGUCCCGCAAGAGGCAGGGUGCUCCAGACAGCCGAAAGCAGCGCCCGCGCUUCUGCGUGCAGUGCGGCGCUUCCGGCCACUCGCCCGCGGCCUCCUUCUGCGUGCAGUGUGGCUGCGCCCUGGUGGAGUGCAGCAGUGCCUCGAAGAGCUCGCCGCAGGGCGGCUGCGCAGGGGGCACCGCCGCGGCCGCGGGCGUCCCGGUCGUGUUCGGCGACCCCGCCGCGGCCAUGCCUGGCCCGUGGCCGAUGGGCGUCUGCGCCGCGCCCGGCACGAUCGUGUUGGUGCCGGCGGCUUCGCAGGGCUGGAUGGUCGCUCCUCCAGCGGCCCAGAUCGUCGCGCUCGGCGACGUUUCCCCCGCCGCGGGCAGCAUGGUCGGGUACGGGCUCUGCCAGUUAGCCGUGGAGCCCGCAGCAGCGCCAGCGUGAGCAUGGAGGGCCCUCCGCUCGCUCGCCCCCUUUCGCCCCCUCCUCCUCCGCCUCCUCCUCCUCCUUUCCCUCCCGAGCAGUGGCGCCGACGUGUGAUUGGAUUGGCCUGGCUGGGGCCGCGAGGUUCAUGAAGCAGUCCUUCGAUUACUCCUGCUUCAGCCUUAUCAGAUCGUGCCUCCGUUCUCUUGUGGGAAUGUAAGCCGCCCCGAUUGCCACGUAGCAGUCGAACUUUAAGUUAAUUUGAGUAGCUGGCAGGCGCCAGAGCAUUGCAGCAGCAGUAAUUACCCAUCCGCUUGAUCGCGGAGCAGCAGUAGCGUGUUGUCGCGGAACCGUGGCGGAUAUGCGGGCACGACGUGGUAGCGCGUGCCCCGUUAGACAUGUUGCUCACGCAGUGGGACGUUUGUUUGACCGUGAUCGAUGUACCUUCACGCGCCUUCCCCCUUAUCAUCUCCUUCAUCUGCGUGCUCUCAUUCCCUGACAAUUCGCUGAUUGUUUCAAGUUGGACCUGCGGCUUUCUAGAGGGAAGGCAGGUACCACAUCCCACUCGCGCUCGGAAUUAUUACGUUUCAAAUUGAGCCCUUUUCGAGAGCAGUUCAUCACACCACAUGCUUGAAGGCGAC